AUGUCUUGUGACAGCACGUGUCACAUUAUUCCUUGUAAUCUAAAUAAGUAUGAUAUAUUCUAUAUAGAAGAUUCAACACCAAAGCUUGCUAAAGUUGAAAAGAUCUUGGGUCGUACAGGUUCUCGUGGUGGUGUUAUUCAGGUUCGUGUACAAUUUAUGUCUGGAGAAGCAGAAUUAGCUGGGAGAUCACUUAUUCGUAAUGUAAGAGGACCAGUACGAGAAGGUGACAUAUUAUCUUUAUUAGAGACAGAACGAGAAGCUCGUAGAUUACGUUAG